AUGGAGGAGGAUCGCCUUUUUGACGAAAGAAUUUCUAUCCGAGAUUCUGCUCGCCCUUUGAAAAAAUAUGGUAGUACAUGUAAUCAUAUGAAAAGGAACGAGGAGUAUAUUAAGCAUGUUAUGUCCAAAGGUGAUACUUUGCAAGGAAUCGCUCUUAAAUAUGGCGUUACAAUGGAAAAAAUACGACGUGCGAAUCGUCUUUUUGCAACCGAUAGUUUGUUUUUAAGAGAGUAUUUACUUAUUCCGGUGACCAAAGAUUCUCCCUUUUAUGAAAAUGGUGAGCGAGUUACGGAGCCUUCGAUGCCGUUGCAUCGGGCCUCUAUGUCUGAUAUGUCGCGACACUCCCGAGACUUUUCUCCUGGAAGUCCUGAUGAAAAGAAAAGUUUUGAUAACUUUCUUAGUAGACUGGAUUCAUCACUAGCUGAUAUUAAGAAACAUGUAGAAAAGAGCAAAGAAACAAGCGAAUUCGUGAAGGACAUAGAGGACGGUUUCGUUCGCCACCGGCCGACGGCAAGGCUACGUCAGUCCGCGUCGAUGGGCGCGUCGACGUCCUACAACGAGGUGAUACCGCCGCCGCUGCCACCGCCUCCGUCCGCGCUCACGCAGGGUCGUCGCGUCGACAGCUCGUUGAAACGUCUCGAGAGGGCACACGACGACCUCUUUCAGUUGUAG